CACACCCCUCCGCUGCCGUAAGUGAUGCGGCCAGGGGCGGCCGCGGCGGAGCGCUGCGGUAGGAUGGGGGGUUGUAGCCGCUGGCUUGGGCUGUGCUUGCUGUUGGCCUUGGCCGGGCGCGGUGGGGCUCUGCAAAACGUCACAGCCCAGCUGUUCGGGGCAGAAGCCUACGGGACCCUAGCGGCCUUUGGCGACUUCAAUUCAGACAAGCAGACGGACCUGUUUGUGCUUCGAGGCGGAAAUGAGUUGGUUAUCUUUUUGGCUGACCAAAAGGAACCCUACUUUAAGCCCCGGGUUAGGUUACCAAUGAAAUCUCUCAGUGUUACCAUAACCAGUGUAGUUCCUGGGGAUUAUGAUGGCGAUUCACAAAUGGAUGUGCUUCUGACUACCCAGGCACAAAAUUAUGGCAGAGAUGAACUUUCAGUGUUUAUUUUCUGGGGGCACAAUCAAACAUUAGAUAUUAACCAUAAAAUGAUGUUAAAUAAGACUUUUCAUGAUGAGCCUCUAGUAAUGGACUUUAAUGGAGACUUAAUUCCUGAUGUCUUUGGUGUCACAAGUGAUUCAAGUAAGCCACAGAUACUGAUAGGCGGGAACUUAUCAUGGCAUGCUGCAUUGGAUACUCAGAGUAAAAUGUAUAUACCACAUUCUCAUGCAUUCAUAGAUUUAAAUAAUGACUUCACUGCUGAUUUGUUCCUUACUACAUCACCAGAUUCAUCAAAGACACAAAACAUUCAGUUUGAGACAUGGAUAAAUAUAGAUGGGAACUUCACCAAAGAUUUAGAGAGUAAGAAAAAGCCCAGUGGUGUGGAAGUUGUUGGACAAUCUGUGUUUGCAGAUUUCGAUGGAGAUGGACAAAGUGAACAUUUAUUACCUGUCUGUGAAGACACAACGUGUCAAAAAAGUGCCAUCUACUUAACUAAGCGAGGAAUGGAUCAGUGGAUUCCAGUCUUACAAGACUUCAGAAAUAAAGACACACUCUGGGGCUUCGUACCAUAUGAAAAUGACCAAUCUUCAAGAGAGGUUUCAUUUCCAAUUACGCUUCAUAUUGGAGAUUACAAUAUGGAUGGCUACCCAGAUGCUCUGGCUAUACUAAAGAACACAUCUGGAAGCAAUCAGCAAGCAUUUUUACUAGAAAACGUCCCGUGCAAUAACCUAAGCUGCAAGAGUGUACGGCGCAUGUUUAAAGUGUUUUGGGAGCUCUCAGAUCUAAAUCAAAUCAAGGAUGCAGUGGUAGCAACCUUCUUUGACAUCUAUGAAGACGGAAUCUUGGAUAUCAUUGUGCUAAGCAAAGGUUCCACCAACAAGGACUUUGCCAUACAUACUUUAAAAAAUAACUUUGAAGCAGAUGCUUAUUUUGUUAAAGUUAUUGUUCUCAGUGGCCUCUGUUCUAAUGACUGUCCUAGGAAGAUAACACCUUUCGGUGUAAAUCAGCCUGGUCCUUACAUCAUGUACAAUACUGUAGAUGCAAAUGGAUACCUGAAAAAUGGAUCAGCUGGGCAGCUUAGCCAGUCAGCACAUUUUGCUCUCCAGUUGCCAUACAACGUGCUAGGCUUGGGACGUAGUGCUAAUUUCCUUGACCACUUGUAUGUUGGCAUUCCUCGUCCUUUAGGAGAAAAGUCCGUAAGAAAACAAGAAUGGACAGCUAUCAUACCAAACUCCCAGCUUAUAGUCAUCCCCUAUCCUCAUAAUGUUCCUCGAAGUUGGAGUGCCAAGCUGUAUCUGACUCCAAGUAACAUUGUGCUGUUAACAGCUAUAGCCUUAAUUGGCGUCUGUGUUUUCAUCCUGGCAAUUAUUGGCAUAUUACACUGGCAAGAAAAGAAAGCAGAUGACAGAGAGAAGCGACAGGAGGCUCAUCGGUUCCAUUUUGAUGCUAUGUGACAAGCCUUAAUAUUUAUGAAGGAGCUGCUACUCAUUUGCUUAAUUGAAAUACUAAAUUUUGAUUUGUAAAAUGAUUACCGUGGAAGUCCUGCUGGUGUGCUGUCUAUAAAUGUUGCAUUAUUUGGUAUUUAUUUGGAAAGUAUUAAAAUUAGACCUGAAUGUCUCACAGGGCCUUUCAGUUACCAGACUGUAUAUAAUAGCAUUUGGUCUUUAUUUAACAGAACUGUAAAUUUAUUUUUCAUAGUAAAGGGAUCAAACCACUUGUACUGUUUACGUGCUACCAGUUCUUCAGUAAUAUUUGCUAGAAAGCUGUGUAAAUAAAAUUUAGCAUUUCAGCUAGCAAAAUACUUUGUACCACUCGAAUUGGAGGUGUCAUUUACACAUUCCUGCAAAAUAACCUGCAUUUCUGAAAAUUAAGCUUGAGUAAUUUCUUGGAUUACUUGAUGAUGAAUUAUUUUGAUUGUACUAACGGUGCUUAAGGGUAUUUUGAAUUGUCUAAAUCCAUAUGUGCAAUAGUUAAAGAAUUCAGGAGUUGGAGACUUCUAGAAAAGAAACCUGCAAUGUUAGUGCUAGUUCAGUAGCUUAUCAUGGGAUAGAUGCAGUAUUUAUGUGUGCUAGUUCUAGUGAGAAGACAACACAUUAAAAAAUUAAAAUCUUAAAAAUGCAUCAGCGUUACAUAAACUGCUUUUAUAAUUUAACUGUAUUUAUUUUAGAAAGGCCUACAGUCACUAUGAAAAUAACUUUAAAUAAGAAAGGUAUAGGGGGAGUGUUUGGUUUUGUAUUUUAAGCAGUUAAACAUUUAGGAGUGGAAGGAAAAUGUCAAAUUGAUUACUAAGGGGAGGGAUAUAUACAAAGAUUCAAUUCAAGAUACUAUACGACACUGAGAGUAAGCAGUGUAUACAGUAUCUAUAUACACUACUCUGCCCAGAUUUCACAGGGCUGUAAGAAUCACAGAAGCCAAGAAUCUCAACUUUAUACAUUUGAAGUGCCAAUAAAGUUGCAGUUGCUCAGUGUAUUUUGGUUCCUGGAAGAAUGUCUAAAAAUAAUUACACUUUUAUUUGAUUGUUAUUCCUUAGUGAUAGGCGUUUACAUGAUUAAUUGUGCAUAUAAAUCUCUCUGUUUGCAUUCCUCAUCGAUACUAUUUGAUACACUAGAGCACUUUAUCAGUGCUGGUCUUACAGGCAGACACACCUUUCUAAAACCUUUUGACAGAAUUUAUUCCUGACAGCAAAAGUAAGAAAGGAUUUCAUCAUUAAGAGGAAGCACAAUUCAGUAUUUUUUCCUGUCUUUUCAGUUGGUUGGAGAACAAGGCUAAACACAUAAUGCCACUAUGGCAUCAAAGUUGUUUGUAGCCCUCUAUCACAAUACAACAACCAUAGAUUAGGCUCCUUGUGGUUUUUGGAAAAACGAUUAGGAAUUAAAUAACCUCAUGCUGACAUUUAAGCUGUUGUCAAGUUAGUGAAACAAUGAACUCAGUAUCUUUUGCUUCAAGGUAUUUUGCAUGCUUAGUAGUGCAUCAUUGCAUCAGAUUAUAUACAGUACAUUAUUGGAGCUUUAAUAGCUUUCUUAUAAUAAAGUUUACCACAGAUACUAACUACUCCUAGCUUGGCUCACAACAGUAUAUGCAUACUGUUUUCAGUUAAGGCAUUAAAUAUUGUUAAAUGUCUUGUCAAAGGCUUUCAUGUCAUACUUGGUUUUCUAUUCUAUAAGCAUCGACAGUGUUUGGGUAAGGCUAUUGCCCUUCUACCAGUCAGUUUAGGAAAGCCCCAUACAUUGGAAAGUGUAGUUCCAGGUGAUCAUCACAGUAAUUGAGAAGUGAGAACUAGUUCUAAUUACAUUCAUUUUCAGAAUGCAUGCACCAGAACAUAGGCCUGGUGAGAAAUGCUAUUGGAAGCUUCUUCAGUGUGAAAUCUCACCUAUAUAAAAAUACUGUUGACAUGCCAACUAACAGAUGGCUGUUGAAAUGCCAUCUUUCUUUGUUCUCAUUUUCCAUGAGCUUUAAGACUGAAUCUUCCUACCAGAUUUAUCAUUAAUGCACUAUAAUCCACCAGCAAAAGAACCAGUUUUUCUGCUGCAGAUUAACAGGCAUAUUCUGUAUAAUAUGAUAUUCCUCCUAUGAUGAGGCCAUUUUUCUUAACAGAGAGCUGUAUUAAGACCAUUUGCUACAGUUAAUUGAAAAGUAAUCACUGUAAAAGCACCAAGUCAAUCCAGGGCCUUUAUAGCUACUUUCAAAUAAAUGACACCUAAACAGGACAAGAGAAGUCAAUCCAAAAUUAUUAACCAAAACAAUUUCUUAAAACCAGAAAAUAAAACUGCUCAAACCUGCAAAUAAGUAUGACUUUUUAAGGGAUCAUUAAAUGAUGAAAAAGUAUGUUAAGAAAUCAAGAGCAACAGAGAUGUUAAAUCUGAAAUACUGCUAUGCUGUUUCAGUAGCCCUAUUAUCCAUCCUAUUGGGUUUUUCUCCAUUUUGGCAACAGGAUCUUUUUAUUGUGGCACUGGUAAUAUUGGCCUCAGCUGUAACUUUGGAAAUAAUCAGCCACACAGCACUGAUUUUAUAAUUAAUUCCUGUCUUUGACAAAAAAAAAUGUGAUCCUCUCUAUAAUAAAAUCCAUAAAAAUAGUGGAGCAUAUGUUAACCUUACUUUGAAAUUCCUGCAUUUCCCAACUUAAAUCAGGAAUGUAUGUGCCAAGACUCAGAUUUAAUUAUAUCACCUAGCAAGCAAGUGUGCAGUAAGCUUUUGGAGGACUAUCAGUAUUCUUCAUAACUAUUAAAAAAAAUAGUAGUAUUCUUAACUUGGUAGUAAAUAACCAUAGAAUCAGUCGGGGUUGGAAGGGACCACAAGGAUCAUCUAGUUCCAACUGCCCUGCCAGGGGCAGGGACACCCUACCCUAGAUCAGGCUGGCCAGAGCCCCAUCCAGCCUGGCCUUAAACAUCUCCACGGACAGGGCCUCAACUGCAUCCCUGGGCAACCCAUUCCAGGAUCUCACCACUCUCAUGGUGAAUAAAUAAAGUGAAUAAUGAAGUCGCCUAAUUCAUAUUUAUGUAUGACUACACUAUGAGGCACUUGCACAUCCUAUCAUUUUUCUAAUUAAGAGACUGUAAAUUCUAUGGAAUGCACCUAAUUCCUGAUGACAAAUUUGGGUACUUCAGCAGUUAAAAUUUUACUGCUAACUUCCUUCCAGAAUCGUUCAUUCUUGGUACUUAUAUUUUUGCAACUUCGUCUAAAAAUAAUACCCAAAUAGCCUCAAACAUAGUAAAAAACCUGCUGGUCCAAGACUAUUUGCAAUGUACAUUCUGCUACUCAGGAGCAGCAAAGACUUUAGGUUGUACUAAUAUUAAAAUGGCUAGCAGAACAGCAAACCAAAGGUAGUUUUGAUGAACUGUUGGAAGGAAGUAAAACUAGUUCUAUUAAUGGAAAUUUAAGGCUUUUAUUGCAGCAGAACACCUUUUGUAACUGACUUACUCUCUAACUGCUCAUGCAGAUAUUUAUCUAAAAUAAUCUGACUAGUCCUGUUGCCUUCCAUGAACUAUUCCCAUUCAAAAGUAAUUAUGAUGACUCAAUAGAGCAGCAGAACCACACACAAAUGGCUAUCCAAAAACUGCCUUCAGCCUUUCUCAACUCCCAAACUCUAGUUUAAUUAACUUGGGCUUACUGCUGGCUUAACCUGCUGGGAUAGAAUUUUCUUAUCUGGAAACUAACACUCUGUAAGUUCAGAAAAUGGGAAAUGAAAGUUUCUUCAGGCUUGAUUUCAAAGCAUCACCUAUAACAAGAACUCUAGCAAGACAAAGCAACAGAGAUGUCCAUCUGAGAAAAUUAUCCCAAAGCGGCAGUAAAUGAUGGCAGAAUGUGCCCAAAAUCUAUGAGCUGAUGCUACUACUGGCAUCACCCACACCAAAAGCUUGACAAAGCCCUGAGAAAAGAACGAGAUGGAAAAGCUAUUGCAGUUCCCCAAGUGUGUAAUAGCUCUGUUCAACCUUCUAAUGGACAAACUAGAAGUUCAACUUUUCAGUUAAAUGGACUGUAGCAGAUGAGGUCCUUGCAAUUCCUAACAACUCGUACAGACCACAAGAUGCUACCAUUUCUCCUAUUUCUUCAGUGUGAGGCAAUUGACCACAAAUAGUUUUCUUGAAUGCAAAUUUAGCUUGAGAUUUGAGAAUGUGGCUAUUUCUCUCAUUUCUUACAUCAUCGCAAGUAAUAAAAAUAUCUGAACACAUUUUUUUGCCAUUAGAUACACUGCGCAUUAAAAAGGCAACCCCAUGACUCCCGGUGGUCUGCACCACAGCACAGUCAGAUUUUUACUUUAUGCUUAUAUACUUGCAGAGAGGAUUAAAAAAUGUGGAUGAUACCCAGAUACAGCAGAAAGUAUUAGUCUGAUGGAUAUUUUCUUGAGUUACUACAAUAAGCAAUUUUGUUAGUAAAGAAGAACAUGCAAAAUAGAUUCACCUAAUGAGGACUUAUCUUUGUAUAGGAGUUUACACUAUUGAAUUUAACAUUUCAUCACACCACUAUAAAUGGUUAAGAGGUGAACACAGAAAUUGCUUUAUCUACUGCAGAGAUGCAGCUGUUAUUUAACAAUUCAUGGGAAAACUACCCUUUGAGGAGUACUGUAUCCUCUCCAUUUGAAAUUGAAAGGACAAUUCGAGUAAGCGGAAUAAUAUAAUUACGUAACUUGGGAUUUUGCCAGAACAUCAAGCUUAAUACUUAAUCAAUCUUCUUAGAACACUGUAAUGGAUCUUUAAUACCCAGAAAAACGCAGGGCCUUUUCUGUAAGGUCUCGCCAGGUCCUCCAACUCCCCAUGGCUGCGCAGUGAGCAGGAGGGCCGGGCGGGAGUGGUGCCACCGCCCGCGGCCCCGCGAGGAUGCGCUCCGCCUUCCUCCAGCUGCUUCUCGGUCCCUCUCCGCUCAAUUCGCCGUAACUGACAGUGGUAUUCACUUGAAGAGCCUGAAAUAUUUAACUGAUCAUCUGAAGCAAGACAAUGACCUUUUCUAACAGGAUAGGCUGACCUUUGAACACUGUAGAAAGAAUGUAACAUUCAAACCCGUAACAUCAAACAACAAGGUAAUCAGAGCUUCACCUCUCACAAUCACGUUCGAAACUAGUGAGCGGCUCCACUCCCUAAGCAGACGGAACACGUCGAGUGGGCUCCAAACUGCUUCCAGAAAGUGCGUGAGCUCGGACAGCGUGUACCUGGCGGUUCAGACUCGCAUCAUUUUGCACGCCCGUGACAAGAAGACCCAAGUUAGGUGGAGAAUGUGAACUGCACCCUGCUGUCGGGCACGGGAAACUGCGCCCUGCCCUCAGUCCUUGCGGUGGAUAGCACGGGAGGGCCGGGACCGUCCUACGCGCUGCGCAAAGCUUUGCACCGCGCUCCGCGCACAGGGCUAAACAUUGUUUCAGUACUUCGGGAUCCUGAGCUUUGUCUGCAAUUCUAGGGAAAAGACGUCCUACAUUAAAUACUCUGAGAUACUUUAA